UUGGAGAAGUUGACAGCGGAACGAUAUCGUAUCGACCUAGAAAGACAGAUUGCAGGUCAGAAAGAAUUCAAGCGAUUGGAAAUGGAAAAAAGAAAGGCUGAAGAGGAGAAGGAAUUGCGUGAAAUAAAAGAAUAUCAUGAUAAAAUCACGAAAAGGGAAGAAGAGGAACGUUUAAUCCAUUUUGAAAAAGAAAGGAAACGAGUAGAGAACAUUCAAUACGAGUUAGAAAUAAGGAGACAUGCUUUUGAAAACAAAAAGAAAUACAUUUACAAACAUGAAGAUGUCUCAACUUUUUGUCCCCAUAAUUCUCCAAUUGUUCAAAAAGAAAGCCAAAACGACAAGGUCGUCAUCGAAAAAAAUAAGCAAUCAAAACUAUUAAACCGUUUGGAAGCCUUUAGAACUCAACUAAAUGAAAAAAAGGCUCGAUUAGAAAAUUUUGUUGACGACCAAAAAGUUUAUAGUUUAAUAUUAUUUGCCUAA